AGGGAUUGGUGGCACCAAGCGUGAGAGGCGGAACCGGAACCGCCUGUGUUGUGAGGCUCAGCCUGUUCGCUCCCGAGGACUUUCCAGCGCUUUGGUUCUAGCAGUUGGUGCGGGUUUUGCAGAGGGUGCCAUGGGGGAAGCGGAGAAGUUUCACUACAUCUACAGUUGUGACCUGGACAUCAACGUGCAGCUUAAGAUAGGAAGUUUGGAAGGGAAGAGAGAACAGAAGAGUUACAAAGCUGUUCUAGAAGACCCAAUGUUGAAGUUUUCAGGACUGUACCAAGAGACAUGCUCUGACCUUUAUGUUACUUGUCAAGUUUUUGCAGAAGGGAAGCCUCUGGCCUUGCCAGUGAGAACAUCCUACAAAGCAUUUAGUACAAGAUGGAACUGGAAUGAAUGGCUGAAACUUCCGGUAAAGUACCCUGACCUGCCCAGGAAUGCCCAGGUGGCCCUCACAGUAUGGGAUGUGUAUGGACCAGGGAAGGCAGUGCCUGUGGGAGGAACAACAGUUUCACUCUUUGGAAAAUAUGGCAUGUUUCGCCAAGGGAUGCAUGACUUGAAAGUCUGGCCUAAUGUAGAAGCAGAUGGAUCAGAACCCACAAAAACUCCUGGCAGAACAAGCAGUACUCUUUCAGAAGAUCAGAUGAGCCGCCUUGCCAAGCUCACCAAAGCACAUCGACAAGGGCACAUGGUGAAAGUAGAUUGGCUGGACAGAUUGACAUUUAGAGAAAUAGAAAUGAUAAAUGAGAGUGAGAAACGAAGUUCUAAUUUCAUGUACUUGAUGGUUGAGUUUCGAUGUGUCAAGUGUGAUGAUAAGGAAUAUGGUAUUGUUUAUUAUGAAAAGGAUGGUGAUGAGUCAUCUCCAAUUUUAACAAGCUUUGAGAUAGUAAAGGUUCCUGACCCUCAGAUGUCUAUGGAGAAUUUAGUUGAGAGCAAACACCACAAGCUUGCCCGGAGUUUAAGAAGUGGACCUUCUGACCAUGAUCUCAAACCUAAUGCUGCCACAAGAGAUCAACUAAAUAUUAUUGUGAGUUAUCCACCAACCAAGCAACUUACAUAUGAAGAACAAGAUCUUGUUUGGAAGUUUAGAUAUUAUCUUACUAAUCAAGAAAAAGCUUUGACUAAAUUCUUGAAAUGUGUUAAUUGGGAUCUACCUCAGGAGGCCAAACAGGCAUUGGAACUUCUAGGAAAAUGGAAGCCAAUGGAUGUAGAGGACUCCUUGGAGCUGUUAUCCUCCCAUUAUACCAAUCCAACAGUGAGGCGAUAUGCUGUUGCCCGGUUGCGACAGGCAGAUGAUGAGGAUUUGUUGAUGUACCUAUUACAACUGGUCCAAGCUCUCAAAUAUGAAAAUUUUGAUGACAUAAAGAAUGGAUUAGAACCUACCAAGAAGGAUAGUCAGGGUUCAGUGUCAGAGACUGUGUCAAAUUCUGGAAUAAAUUCUGCAGAAAUAGAUAGCUCCCAAAUUAUAACCAGCCCUCUUCCUCCAGUGUCUUCCCCUCCUCCUGCAGCUAAAACAAAGGACAGUUCAGAUGGUGAAAAUCUAGAGCAAGAUCUCUGCACCUUCUUGAUAUCAAGAGCCUGCAAAAACUCAACACUGGCUAAUUAUUUAUACUGGUAUGUGAUAGUGGAAUGUGAAGAUCAAGACACUCAGCAAAGAGACCCAAAGACCCAUGAGAUGUACUUGAAUGUAAUGAGACGAUUCAGCCAAGCAUUGUUGAAGGGUGAUAAGUCUGUCAGAGUUAUGCGUUCUUUGCUGGCUGCACAGCAGACGUUUGUAGAUCGGCUGGUGCAUCUAAUGAAGGCAGUGCAGCGUGAAAGCGGAAAUCGUAAGAAAAAGAACGAGAGACUACAGGCAUUGCUUGGAGACAAUGAAAAGAUGAACUUGUCAGAUGUGGAACUUAUCCCAUUACCUUUAGAACCCCAGGUGAAAAUUAGAGGAAUAAUCCCAGAGACAGCUACACUAUUUAAGAGUGCUCUUAUGCCUGCACAGUUAUUCUUUAAGACAGAAGAUGGGGGCAAAUACCCAGUUAUAUUUAAGCAUGGGGAUGAUUUACGGCAAGAUCAACUUAUUCUUCAAAUCAUUUCACUCAUGGACAAGCUGCUACGGAAAGAAAAUCUGGAUUUGAAGUUGACACCCUACAAGGUAUUAGCCACCAGUACAAAACAUGGCUUCAUGCAGUUUAUCCAGUCAGUUCCUGUUGCUGAAGUUCUUGAUACAGAGGGAAGCAUUCAGAACUUCUUUAGAAAGUAUGCACCAAGUGAGAAUGGGCCAAAUGGGAUCAGUGCUGAAGUUAUGGACACAUAUGUUAAAAGCUGUGCUGGAUAUUGUGUGAUUACGUACAUCCUUGGAGUUGGAGAUAGACACCUGGAUAACCUUUUGCUAACAAAAACAGGCAAACUCUUCCACAUAGACUUCGGAUAUAUUUUGGGUCGGGAUCCAAAGCCUCUUCCUCCUCCAAUGAAGCUGAAUAAAGAAAUGGUAGAAGGAAUGGGGGGCACCCAGAGUGAGCAGUACCAAGAGUUCCGUAAACAGUGUUACACGGCUUUUCUCCACCUUCGAAGGUAUUCUAACCUGAUUUUGAACUUGUUUUCCUUGAUGGUGGAUGCAAACAUUCCAGAUAUUGCUCUUGAACCAGAUAAAACUGUGAAAAAGGUUCAGGAUAAAUUCCGACUAGACCUGUCUGAUGAAGAGGCAGUACAUUACAUGCAGAGUCUGAUUGAUGAAAGUGUCCAUGCUCUCUUUGCUGCAGUGGUAGAACAGAUUCACAAGUUUGCCCAGUACUGGAGAAAAUGAAACUGGACUCGGCACAUCAGGAUGUUUGGCUCUGUAAGAAAACUACUUUAGAAGCAACCUCUGUAUAAGGAAGACUUCAGAGUAACAAGGAAGAGAACGUUUGAUCUUCAAGAUACCAUAUAUCCUAAAUGUUACAUGGUGCCUGAAUUCAGUUUCUUUGGAUGUCAUUGCUUAAAUAUGGUCUUGAAGGGUUUGUUUUGAAAUACUGUAUACAUUUAUUUUCAAAUGUACACAUUGUUAAUAAGCUAAGAAGUGAGAAAUUUAUUCCAGGAUCAUGUACAUAUUAUGAGAGCUCUGGAAGAAUUUUAUGUUGAAACAGUAAAACAUUUUAGUCUUUGAGUUUGAAAUGUCCUUUUUUUUUUUUUUAAAUCAUCUCUUCACAUCAGGACAGUAGUUAUGAAUUUGGAUUGUCUCAGUCAAGAAGGCUUUUUUGGUUUGUCUCUCCCUCCCCCCUUUCCCUCUCUUUUUCCUCACACUCAUGUUUGUUUUUGCCUAAGCUGCAAUACUUAAAGUUUUACAUAUUGUGGCUCAUUCUUUUACAGUUCAGCAGUUACUACAUAUACUUCAAAUAAGACAGUCAU